UCCUUACAUUUUUAGUACACACAAAUGCAACUGUCAAACAAAAUCAACAACUAAAAUAUUGUAAACAAACUAUUUAGAAAUAGCACGUGUAAUAUAAAUAAAAAAUAACAUAAGAACUAUAAAUGUUAAAUAAAAAUGGUUGAAAUCGAUGGUUAUAAAGUUGUUCCUCUGCGUUUAACACCUGAAGUAGAGCACUGCCAUAGCAUUUAUAUGAAAGAACAUUUCAUACGUCUAAUGGAUCCUAAUAAACCCAAAGGACGAACGUUGUUUUUGUUAAAUAUACCUCCCUAUGUAACGGAAAAAAGUCUGGAGGAAUUUUUCAGCCGGACGAGCUCAGUGAUGUCUGUCACAUUUGCUGAAAAACCAGGCAGAGAUGAAACAGAUAAAUGGCUACAAAAUACCACCGAAUUCAGCAAUAAAGAAGCACCCUUUAAAUUUAAAGUUGCUUACGUAGUGUUUAAAACAACCAAUAGCGUGGGGAGAGCUUUACAAAUUACCAGCAUUGAUUUAUUUAAUGAUGCCACCGGAGAAACGAUAAUUGACAGUGGCAUGCAGUUGUGGCAUUCGCAAUACCAACAGAAGCUUUUGGAUGUUGCCAAGACUCAAAAAUACAUAGAUGAAUAUAUGGCCGACUACGACGAAAGGGAAAGAGAAGCUGCUGCAGCUGCUAAAAAUACUGAAGCCGACGCCGACGGUUGGGUAACUGUUGGAAAACAAGGCAGAAAUUCUGGAUUUGAACAAAAGGAUACAGUCAUUGGCAAGUUGGAAGAAAAAAUUGAGCGCGGAAGAAAAAAGAAGGAAUUAGCUAAUUUUUACACUUUCCAAAUUAGAGAAUCCAAAAUGAAAAACAUAAUUGAAUUGAGAAAAAAAUUCGAUGACGAUAAAAAGAAGAUCGAGUCAUUAAAGCAGACUCGAAGAUUUAGACCAUUUUAAAUGAAAUGUAAACAAAUAAAUAAAUAAAUAACAAACAAUAAAUAAUCAUUAUUUUUUAA